AUGCAGCUCUCCACGCAGUUCUACUUGCCAUUGUGCCUGCUGCAGCUUCUAGGAAGCGUGCAGGCAGGGGUGACCGUCCAUCUGGUCGGCGACUCCACCAUGGCGAAGGACGGAGGCGGCUCGGGAACCGAAGGCUGGGGCCAGUUCCUUCAGUACAGUUUUCCAGACAGCUACGUCGUCAGCAAUGCCGCGAUUGGAGGCAGGUCUGCACGCUCGUUCACCAGAGAAGGACGGUUCCAGGCCAUCGCAGAUGUCGUCCAGGCAGGGGACUGGGUCGUCGUCGAGUUUAGACACAACGACGGGGGCUCGCUGACGCCAACUGACAAUGGGCGGACUGAUUGCUAUGGGGACGGAACUCAGACUUGCGCGACGACGUACGAUGGGGUCGCGGAAACGGUUUUGACGUACCCUGCGUAUUACAAGAACGCCGCCAGUUUGUUCCUCGCCAAGGGCGCGAAGGUGAUUCUGAGUUCGGCUACACCGAACAACAUCUGCGAAAGUGGAACUUGCAGUUGGGGGCCUUCGAGAUUUGACUAUUACGCAUGGUUCGCGGCAUCUCAGUUGGGUGGCACGACGGCUGGUGUCUAUCACGUGGCCCAUGGCGAGUAUGCUGCGCAAGUUAUGACGAACUUGGGCGUUACAACCGUGGAUACCUACUACCCCAUUGACCACACCCACACAUCGCCAGCCGGCGCAAACAUGAUGGCAGGAGCAUUCGUGCUGGGCCUCAAGUGCGGAACCUCGGCGUUGGGUCAGGCAGCGGUGAACACGACGGCUUCACUUACGGUGUCCUUUUACGGGCCCUGCAUCGCGUUCAACAGUUCCAUACCGGUUUGA